AUGAUUCAAACAUCAGAAAUCGAUUUGAUUGAUAGAAAUUAUCAAUCUCCAGUUAAUUGCUUUACUAUUUCCUUUAAUGGUAAGACUACCUUUUUUAGCGAUGUCUGUUCAAUCCAAUCAGUAUUAAAUUAUUUUAAAAUUGAAUAUGGUUACUUAGAAACAAUGAUCGAUGGUGAACAAAUAAUAUAUGAUGAUGUUGAUUUUCUUCCAACCACUGGAGAAUAUACUCUAAUUGAACAACAACAACAACAACAACAACAACAACAACAACAACAACCACAGCAAAAACAAAAACAAAAACAAAAACAAAAACAAAAACAACAACAACAACCACAACAACCAAUUCAAGAUGUUAAUUGUAAUUCAACCACAACAGAGAAUACUCAGAUUGUUGAACAGCAACAACAAGAACAACAAGAACAACAACAAUCAUUGUCUAACUUUUCUUUGUGGAUUCGCAGAGUGUCCAUAACCAUUUCAAUUUUCUGUAUUGUAUUAGAAAUUACAAAUAAAAAAGAUAAAUAA